AUGCUCUCCUACGAUAUCAUCAAGGGGUUAGCCAUCUUCUUCGCGCCCAUAUUAAUACCCAAGGCAAUCGCACUCUUCCGCUCAGUUAGCUCUCACGUCGCAAACCGCCCGCCUCCUCAACCUCUCCCCCCGCUCGCCUCGCGUGCUCUUAACAUCCUCUUCUUCUCGACCGCGCUUUUCCUCGCUCUCAGUCUCCCGUCCGGAAACAACGUACUAUCCAAUAAAAGUUUUGGAACAAAUGAUAUCUUUAAACUCACGAAUUCGCGCUUCAAUACGCCUACGGAAUUACUCUUUUCGCGCCUAAGGCGACUAGGUGGACAGUAUGAAGUUGAAAGCGAACAUGAUUCAACCCUCAAGAAACUAUUUACCUCCCCCAUUGCAAGGGGAGUGUAUUUACAACUUGGAUCAGAGCCUCUGAUAGCUUGUCCGUUUUGCUCGCUUGACAGCUCGAUCACAUAUCUGCUGUAUUAUCUACCAUUUAACACUCUUGUGCCGCAUCUCUUCCACCUACUCGUCAUCGGCGCAGUGACUUCUGGCGCUAUCGUGGGCCCCAAAAUAGCUCGAUGGAGGAACAAGUUUCUCAUCGGCUCCGUGGUGCUAUUCGUGCUUGAGCUGUGUGUUAUCCUACGAGCGACCUCUCCUCUCUUUUCCCUCACAGAAAAUACGCCCAGCGCUCAGCGCAAUAAAUGGACAAACAUAUACAGUCACUACCCAGACGCUCCAACGAGUUUGCAUGUUCAGCUAGUCACGCUGCGACCUCUAGCGUUUACUGUGUUUGACGCCAUUUGCGCAGCGCUUAUUUAUCUAUCAGCUACAGAUAGGCUGUUCUAUACCCCUCCCACGCCCGCCGAGCAGGCACAGCAGGUUGUAUCGAUGUCUGCGGCGACAAUGAUGACUGCCUUGACAAGGCUACAGGCUCUCAGCGUGACGAGAGGUGCGAUCGCACGCGAUCCGGAAUUAAGUGCAAAGUAUAGCGCUUAUCAUUGCGGGGGAGGAGGAGGGAAGGGAGAUGACGAGUGGAUAUGGCAGGAGGAAGAGGUUAUCAAUGCUGUGGCAAAAGUGAUGAAUGACAGAGCUUUGCAGUCAAAUACCCGUAGGAAUGAGAAAGGGGUUGAGAUGCUUAAUCCGAGUGAGUAUGUGGAUACGAUUACAGCUGGCUUGGAAGACCCCGUUAGUAGUUGA